UUCCACUAGAAAUGAAUGUUAGCUUUUUAUAUUGUGUUGGUUUAUGAAUAGAUUUCGUUAAGAGCCUAGUAGGUAGGUUUCAAAUGUUCUGUAGAGAGAAAGCAAAGGGAGAUUUAAAUUUAGAAGUAUUCGACUCGAAUUCUGCUUCCAUAGGUAGAUAUGGAUGGAUACGCUUUAGGAAUAGACAUUGGCACCACUUCCGUGAAGGUUUGUGUGUUGAAUCUUAGAGAUAAUGUUGUGGUUGCUGAACAAAGUAAAGAUACACAGUCUAACGUUCCUAGUGAUCAAGGCAUAGAUGGUAACAAACAAGAUGUACCUAAAAUAUUAUCAGCCAUCAACACCUGUGUGGCUAAGUUCUCCAAGGAUCUGUUGCAACAGGUGAUUAGAAUAGGUGUCUGUGGACAAAUGCACGGAGUGAUGUUUUGGCAGCAUAAAUCCUCUAAGGCUUGGGAAAGGAUAGAAAAAGACGGGAUGCUAGUUAGAUACGACGUGAAACCUGAUCAAGUAUCUAAUCUUUACACUUGGCAGGACAAUAGAUGUACUAGGGAAUUUUUGGAUACCCUGCCUAAACCAGAUUCCCAUCUAAGGGUUUAUAGUGGUUUUGGAAUUGCAACGAUGUUCUGGAUGAUCAAAAAUCGACCUGACGAAAUGGAAAAAUAUAACCGGGCUGGCACAAUUCAAGAUUUCGCUGUAUCGAUGUUAUGCGAUAGCGACACACAUUACAUUUCUGAACAGAACGCUGCGAGUUGGGGUUAUUUCAAUUGCAGAACGUACAAAUGGAACUUGGAAAUGUUGGAGGAAGCCGGUUUUCCUAUCGAAAUAUUGCCCGAGAUCAAAAUGAGCGGACAAAUAGCCGGGUACUUGGCCGAUACUUGGCAUUCCAUUCCUCAAGGAACUCCCAUAGGUAUUGCAAUGGGAGAUCUCCAAUGUUCCGUGCUCUCUACAAUCGAGGAGGGCACAGAUGCAACUCUUAACAUCUCGACAUCCGCACAGAUAGCAUACGUUGUGAACAAAAAACUGCAAGAUGAUGAACUUGGGGGCCCUCCCAAAGAAACGUCCAUGACAUAUCUGCCCUACUUCAACAACACCUUUUUGGCCGUUGCUGCUUCCCUGAACGGGGGCAAUUCUCUGGCUACCUUCGUCAGGGUGCUGCAACAGUGGAUUUUGGAAUUCGGUUUUUCCAUACCUCAAGGUAAGGUCUGGACGAAGCUUAUAGAUUUGAGCAAAGAGGAAAAGGCCUACUCAGACCUGGAGGUAAACCCAACAUGUUGGGGCGAAAGGCAUAACCCCGAAUUGACGGCCAGUGUGUCGAACAUCAAUGUGGGAAAUUUGGGUUUGGGGCAGGUUUUCAAGGCGAUGUGCGAGGGUUUGAUUAAGAAUCUACACAGCAUGAUGCCGAAGGAGGUGCUAGAAGAUGCCAGCGUGAAAAGAAUAGUUUGUAGCGGUUCGGGUAUCACGAGGAACGAAACUUUACAAAACGCCGUCAAAGAUAUCUACGGUCUUCCUUUCAAACUAGCCAAAGGCUCGGAUGCAGCGAAGGGAGCAGCAAUGGCUAUGAAGCCAACUGAGAUUCAAUGAAGUUAGAUGCACCAAUUCACCAAUAAGGAAAAUAAGAAAUAUGUACCAAUUAUAUCAUACUUAUGUCAAUUAUUGAUAAAUAAUAUGAAGAAUAUAAUUCAAGUUUCAACAGAUGAGACUAAUAUCUGAAA